CCAGAGAUCCAAGUCCCAUCUCCAAAUCGCCGGUCAGUUGAUCCAAAAUUCCAUCUCCAAAUCCCUAACCUUCUCACCAGAGACCAGAGACAAGUCCUCCAUCUCCCGCCUCGCCUGCUGCCGGCUGCCGUGCUCCGCCGCCUCCGUUCCUCGCAUGCUCCUAGCGACCAACGGUCUCCUCUACUGUCGACGACGAAGUUGAAAAUCUACAGACUACUGUGGUGGUUGGAUUGAAUUUUUUGGCCACACAGAGGGGUAGAGUAGAGGCAAAUGGCAGAAGGAGCUGAAGAGGACUUGCCAAGGGAUGCAAAGGUGGUGAAAACCCUACUCAAAUCAAUGGGUGUUGAAGAGUACGAACCACGUGUGGUCCACCAGUUCCUGGAGCUUAUGUAUAGGCAUGCUGUUGAUGUGUUGAUGGAUGCACAGGUGUACUCGGAGCAUGCUGGCAAGACUGUGAUAGACUCUGAUGAUCUCAAGCUUGCAGUUCAGUCUAAAGUUAAUUUUAGCUUUGCUCCACCCCCUCCCAGAGAGGUCCUGUUAGAGUUGGCUCGAAGCAGAAACAAAAUUCCUCUGCCAAAAUCAAUUUCAGGACCUGGAAUCCCACUGCCUCCUGAACAAGAUACCCUGAUCAGCCCCAACUAUCAACUUGCUAUUCCCAAGAAACGAACUGCUCAACAUGUGGAAGAAACUGAGGAGGAAGAAGGUUCCGAUCCUAAUCCCACAUCUAACCAAAACCAAAAUUUUUCCCAAGAUCGGACAGAUGUGCCUCAAGAGGCUCCUCAGCGAGUCUCUUUUCCCCUUGGAGCUAAACGACCAAGAUGACACUCUUGUCACCUUCCACCAUCUUCUAGUUGCAAGGAGUCUGAAGAAAACCUUUUGCUAUUUUGUUGUAACUAGUUAGAGCCUAUGUUGUGCUAUAAUGUUAAUUUUAUUGACAGAACCUAAUCUUUUCCGUGCACUUUCUCAAAGGCAAUUAUGCCUAAGAACAUAUAUAUAGCAUAAGUUAAGGUGUCCUCA